AUGGGCGUACCUAAGAGAACGAAGACGAAGACUCGGCGAUAUACAAGGGAUAUCGACCAGAUCAAGUCGGAUAUUUUGUCUCCACGACAUCUGCAGAAAUACAAGGAUACCAAGGCAGCUGAGGAUCUUCCCGGCCUGGGAAGACACUACUGCGUAGAAUGCGCCAAAUGGUUUGAGACGGAGACGAGUCUCGUUGUUCACCGUCGUGGCAAGCCUCAUAAGCGGAGACUCAAGCAGCUGCGUGAGGAGCCGUACACUCACAAGGAGGCGGACGCUGCGGUGGGUUUGAGAACCGACAAUGGCCGGCCUGAAAAGACCGAGUCUGAGGAUGUGACCAUGGCCUGA